UGGAGCCUUCAACAUGACUACCUGGACAUUGACUUUGGUGAUCCUCUGCUUGGCCAGCAUCUGCCUGGCUGCUCCUGCCACUCAGGAGAGGAUUGAAUCCGAUCCAGAGCUGACGGCUGGCUAUAUUGAGGGAGAUAUGGUGCCCAGUCCACAGGGUAGAAAUGGUAUGAUUAAUGAGACCUACAGGUGGCCCGAUCGCACGGUUUACUAUUACAUCAAUCCGUAUAUCGAUACCGAACAUCGCAACCACAUUAUCCGUGGCAUUCGCAUCAUUGAGCGUUCUUCUUGUCUGGUCUUCAAGGAGGCCACAUCCGACCAGGAAUACUAUGUGAAUGUCACCUCAGAGGCGGGUGGCUGCUUCUCGUAUGUGGGUCAUACACAAAGGGUUCAGCAGUUGAACCUCCAGAACUAUGCCCUGGACACUGGCUGCUUCCGGCUGGGCACAAUUGUCCAUGAGUUCCUCCACGCCCUGGGUUUCUAUCAUCAGCAGAGCACGUGGAAUCGCGAUGAAUACGUACACAUUGCCGAGGAGAAUAUUUUGGAGGGAACGGAGAACAACUUCAACAAGUACGAUAAUGAGACAGUUUCGGAUUUCAAUGAGCCCUAUGACUAUGGAAGUGUCCUGCACUACACGGCUUAUGCGUUCUCCAAGAACGGAGAGAUGACCAUUGUGCCGCUUGAGGAGGGAGCUGAGGAGAUCAUGGGUCAGCGGCUGCAGAUGAGCCAGUCUGAUAUUAACAAACUAAAUAUCAUGUACAAGUGCCCCAGGCAGGUUUAAUUCAAAGGAAUAUUUGGGUUUUCCCUCUCCCAAAUUGGAGUUAAUUCCAUUUAAAUAUAUAAACACAUCAAGACUUUAA